CAGCAUAGUGCUGGUAGUGGGAAGCGCGCAUCUGCAAGGUCUCCAACACCUCUGGCACAGCGGCCUUUGGCGACAACUGCUGCAUCCGCAGGGGGCACCCGCACCCGCAGCCGCCUCCUCCUCCUCCGCCUCCUCCUCCUCCGCCUCCUCCUCCUCCACCGCACCUCCCAACCAGCCGUCCCGCUCCUCCGCCACCCCCCUGCCGCCCCUGGCCGCCAGUCCGCUGCUGCAACCGCCUGCUGCUGCGGGUGCUGACUGGGCGGAUUCGGAUGACCCGCAGUACGGUGUACGGCGGGGACUACUGGAGGCCAUGCUGCGGCUGAGUGUGACGCAGGAGGUCCUGUACGAUCUGGGUACCGUGCUGGGUCCGGUGCCCGCCCGCCACAUGCAGUCGUACACCGGGGUACGGGAGGUGUACGGCAGUCCCCGCAUGCAGCUGGCCAGCCUGCCGCGGGAGCUGCUGAGGCGGCUGGUGGUGGGCUGGGGGGGAGCGGACUUUUAUGAGGUGAGGGGGGCCAUUUCAGGCUCCCGGUGGGAUGGGGCAGACAGGCCGUGUGCGAUCACCCCCUGCCGUCGACCAUUGGUGCUUGCUGUCGUACGUUGGGGGACUAGACACGCUGCGCGUCUCACGCUGACGGCCCCGUCGUCGCACCCACAUACCUCCUCCUCCGCCUCCUCCUCCUCCUCCGCCUCCUCCUUUGCCUCUAAACACAACCGGCUACGAUAACAGGCCUCUCGGAGAGCACUCAUACAUCCCUGCCUCCCUCCCUCCUUCCCUUCGCCCACCCCUGCAUGCGCAUGCACGUGGCCAUGGCGUGGUACGGCAACAGGUGCUGCAGCCCAUGCGGGACGUACGGCCCAUGUACGGCGGACCCGGGUGGUCGGAGGACAUGGUGUCGUACGUGCGGGCGCUGAACUUCGAGCUGGAGUAGGGGGGUGGCGGAGGGGCGGGGGCUGCGGCUGGUUCAGUAAAGGUGCUGGCGAUCUGACCCAACCUGAAGGGAGGGACUGCGCCUCACGGGCAGGUGGCCUUGUUGAGGGGUGGCCGUCGUUCGGAGGCUGUAAGAGGGGAGGUGGGCCACAUGGCCCCUUGCUGUGCAUUGACGAGGAUAGCACACAUGAGCAGCAGGGACAGCAGGGACAGCAGGUACAGCAUCUGCAGUUACCGGCUAACGCUUACAGCACUGUCGUACUGUGGGUUUGUGGGUAUUGCGGGAAGUAGCCGGCCUGAAUGCCGCGAUUACCAAGGCGCUGUUCCUGUUUUGGCUCUUGAGCAAAUCCCUGUAGAAGGGAGGAACUUGAAGUGUACGGUUGUAAGCGGCGGUUACUGCGACGCAAUGCCGUGCUGGGCAGAUCAGAUCCGCCUGCACUGUACAUUACCGUUGGCAUACACGCUGGAAGGUGCCAGGGAGUGUAAAGUGAGGGCAGCUGAAGCCCACUGCCCGCUGCUGGCGCCAUGCGCAGCACCUAGAGCACUGACCCCCCUCCUUGCACGUAACCAGGAGGGGAACUCUUUUCACAUCACCGGUUGGGUUCAUCACCGGUGUCCAGUAGGUGCACGGGAACCACUGUCCUGUACUUAUUCACUGUUUCCCUCAUAGCAGGGUCCGAUAGCAGGGCAGGAAGACGAGAGCAUGCGUGUCAUUAUCAAUCGAUGCAGAGCAAUAUGUUGAGUGGUUUGCACAGCAAGGCUGGCGUUAGGUACUGGCAGAUGGAAGGCAAGGGGUCGAAGGACAAAGGGGCGGCCAGCAGGCGGGCCACGGGUGACUCCAGCUGUGGG